AAUGUACAUACAUAUAUACAUAUAUAUAUUUUCUACUUAUCGUAAAGCAACAUGGAAAACCAGGAUAAUUUCCUGGCAACGAAUUUUUACUUUCUGGGAACCUUGGGCAUGCUCCUUACCGUGAUUAUUCUAGCGGUGCCCGUGCUGCGACACAAACUCCGCAUACAGCUGGCGAAAUUCCAUUGCAAAUCCAUAAACUACACGCCGAUAACUUAUUUGAAGGAUGACAUUUUGACGCACGUCUCGCGACGACGCCUCCGACUGGUGCGGCGCAAGACGCUCAUCCUGGACAUGGACGAGACCCUGAUAGCGUCCGUGAUACUCUACCAGGCGAAAGCGGCCGCUGCUUGCCAUCGCAAGUACAAGGCGAAGUCCAUCCUGGUGGGCACGCUUCCAUACGACUUUAGCUUCUAUCUGCCCCUGUCCGGGGCCAGCGUCUAUGUCUAUAAGCGGCCGCAUGUGGACUUCUUUCUGGAUCGUGUCUCCAAGUGGUACAAUCUGGUGGUCUUCACCGCCGCCACGGAGAUGUAUGCCUCGCGGGUCUUGGACUUUCUGGACGCGGGUCGGAAUAUAUUGAAUCGGCGAAUGUAUCGCCAGGAUUGCAUCAAUAUCUGCGGCAUUCGGGCCAAGUUUGUGUCCAUAGCGCACAGCGAUUUGUCCAAUGUCCUGCUGCUGGACGAUUGCCACAUGGAGAACAGCUUCAAUGUGGGCAAUGCCGUCCACAUCAAGAGCUAUCGCAUCGGCACCAAGGACGACGAGCUGCUCUGCAUGCUGCCCUUUCUGGACGCCCUGCGUUUCACCCAGGAUGUGCGCUCAAUCCUCGGACGCUGCACCCGCUACGAUUGCCUCACAACCUGCCUGGCCACCCAAAUCUGUUUAUCCAAAACCGCGGACUCGGAGGAUGUCAAGUGUCUAUAACCCGGGCUAACCGAUCUACUUUAAUGGGCACAUACACAAACAUUUUAUCUAUGUCAA